AUCCUUGAAAUACUCCUUUUUGACAUUUAGUAAUCUGUUUCGGUUUUGAUGUCCUUAAGUUCAUGGGUUGGUUCAAUGUUGGAUUUGAAUUUUACCCUUCAAGAGUUGCUUAUGUGAACCUUUUGACUGUUUGCAUUGCAGGACUAUAACAACAAAAUGGCGCAAUUACGAGCAGGAAAGAGUAGCAAGAGCAAACUUACAAUUGUAAAGUUCAAGACUCCGGAGUCAGUGGAUGGAUGGGAAGUUCAUCAGGGGACUUACUUCAGGAUGUGGUUGCUUCUAAGUAUGAUGGAGGAAUGGAUGCCAAGUUCGAAUUCACUUUCACCGGAGAUGCUGUUUUCUCCGGAUAUGUUUUCACCAGAGGAAGGUAUUGAACUGUCAAAAAAGCUUUCACUUCCUUUGGGUCGGACCCUUGACUGGUAUGCCAUAUUUGCAUUCUCAAAUGGAUCUACUAACUAAAAGCAGCUUUCCAAAAUGAAAUUCAUGGUAUUUUUCUUAUUAUUAAUUACAAGAUUUGGGUAAUAAAAUUCAUGGUAUCCUUCUUAUUAUUAAUUACUUGGAAUUUGAACACAAAAUGAAUUCGUGUGAUAGAAAAUCAUUGGCAACAGAAAUUACCUGAUGAAUUUGCCGUGCAUCUACGACAUUCUAGCAACAUUUCAUGAAUUUGAGAAGCAAGCUGUGCAAGUUCAGUUGCAUUCUGUUUACUUAAUUUUUUAUGUUUUUUCUUUUGCUGUUUGGAUUUAGGACGUAAAAUAUUUUUCUUUUGCAAUAUUUGUAGGUGGAUGAUGCUA